CCCUGGGCCAGCAAUACGCGCUGUUGUGUUGGGGAUAUGCGCGCGCAUUUCCCGUCCUGCUGAACCGGUAGUCCAAUUAGCAACAUUGAGUUUCUUAUUGGUACAAGGUGUACCUUCUACUUUGGUGUUCUUCAGCAUAUCACGCCAGCUGCAAGCUAUUGCGGGGUAGGAAAGGGCCGGUGCAACACCUUCGUAUAUUGUUUCUGAAGUUAUUCGAGCUCGUACAAAUCACUCACAACACAAAUAUGUCGCAAACCAACGGCACUAACAGCGUCAACGGCGCCACACUGCCCAAGCCUCAAUAUGAUCCAGAUUUCACAUCGAAUGUCAUCAAAGCUACAGGGCCCAAAGCCAACCCCCGUGUGGCACAGGUUGUUGGAAGCUUGAUACAGCACCUGCACGACUUUGCGCGCGAAGUUGACCUAACAGUCGAUGAAUGGAUGAUGGGCGUCAACAUGAUCAACCGCGCAGGUCAGAUGAGCAACGAGAGGCGAAACGAGGGCCAGUUGUUGUGCGACGUAAUCGGUUUAGAGUCGCUGGUCGAUGAGAUCACAAACAAGCAGCUUGUAGGAGCUGAUUAUGAAGCCACGAAGACAGCAAUCCUGGGUCCCUUUUUCCGACAUGAUACGCCGCCCACCAAGAAUGAUGCCAGCAUCAUCAAGACCAUGCCACAAGAUGGCGAAGUAACGUACAUGCACGGAAUCGUCCGUGAUGCUGCCACCAACGAGCCACUCAAUGGUAUCACAAUCGAUAUUUGGCAAUGCAGUACAAAUGGUCUCUACGAGCAGCAAGACCCUGAUCAAGCAGAAUUCAAUCUGCGCGGAAAGCUCACCACAGAUGAGAAUGGGUAUUAUGGACUGUACUGCUUGCGACCUGUUCCAUAUCCUGUACCAUAUGACGGUCCAGCUGGCGAGCUGUUGCAGCUUCUUGACCGCCAUCCUUAUCGACCAGCUCACAUUCACAUCAUUGCGGGGAGCGACAAGUAUACUCCUUUGACAACACAGAUCUUCGACAAGUCAAGCAAAUACCUCGAAGACGAUUCAGUAUUCGCGGUGAAAGAUGAUCUCGUUGUCGACUUUGUGCCAGUCCAGGGAAAUGAGAAGGCGUCUUUGGAGCUCACAUUGGAUAUCAAGCUAGCCAAGAUAGCAUGAUAGAUGAAAUAAAAUUGAC